AUGUCUCGUCAACCGAUGCAGCCUCCGCGCCCGCUGUCUUUGACAGAGGAACUGGAGAAAUUAGAACAGUCAAUUACCUUAACACUACAAGAGAUUGACCACAACUUCAGCCAAGCCCAUCGCAUCGUGACAACAAGCAUUCUGCCGCUGGUGGAACAAUAUACUGAACAUUCUCACGAAGUAUGGAACGGCGCCAAGUUCUGGAAGCAAUUUUUCGAGGCCAGUGCCAAUGUAUCUCUAUCUGGUUACGAGGAGAGGCCGAACGCAGAUGAUACGCAAGAGUCCACUGCAACUGAAGAGGAACUUUCUGCCGACAUAACUCAGAGCACGACAACCGAUCAAGACGAUUCUUAUGAUACUCCUACAUCCCGGCGAAAUGUGCAUCACGGUCAAGCAGAUGAUCUAGAUCUUUCUGAACUAGCCAUCUCCUCUCACAGCACUCCCCGUGCCGUUGAUCAACACAUUGACGAUGAUGACCUAACGGCUUCUUCUAUCGACCACUCCCACUCGUCUGACUACGAGAACCUUCGCAAACAGAUCAACGAGGCGAGUGCGCCUUUCCAAAUGCCCGACUCAUUCACUCUGCCGUCAACUCCGGGACGUCAACAUGAUUAUGGUGCCGAAAGCAUGAUGUCCUCUCCAUUCAUUCCGCCCGUGUCAUCGACGAAAUUGCAAACCCCAUCGAGGGACACCCGCUACCAAAAGUCCACGGACCCUGUACUGCAUCAAAUGCUCGACAAAACCUAUCGUGUUCAAGCAACUCCUCUGGGCAAUGGAUACUAUAAUGCUGGCGCUGGCAACAACGCCCGCUCGAAUUUCGCAUCCACACCGAAGCAAAAAUCUCGAUAUGCAUUCGACGAUUCGCCGCUCUCCAGUCCUGAACCUGAAGCACCAAAACUCAACGCUGAGCUUUUUUCGCCCGUUAAAGACAUGAAUGAUACCCCGGGUACAAACCGCAAGCGUCGCACGAGUAGCAAUCGCCUUCGCGAACGCCCCACGCCUGGUAUGAGUGUUUUGACACCAGCGAAGAAGUACGGGGGCAAUAGUGCUAUGUGGGAUAGCGACGAUGAUUUGGACAACGAAAUAAGUCCUCCGAAAACGAUGCACUUCCAUAUCCCUCAGAGUCGUCUGAUGCAAACACCUGCCAGAGAAGCUUCCAAACGAAUUGUGACCGACUUACUGGCUACUGCUGGAGCGGACGACGACCUCAGUGACGAUCAGAGCCCAAGCAUUGUCCGACGUAUGGAAGGCCUGGAAGACGAGAUAUUCUAG